AUGGCCUCUACAGCGACUCUGAAAGCUUCAUGUUACUUGAUUCCUGACGUUCUACGGGAGUGGCCAUACAAGCGCAUGAUAAACCCAUACUACCGUGCGGCACAAGAACAGUCCGUGAAAUGGUUGGAAGGAUUCCGACCAUUCUCUCCUGAGGCACAAAUCGCUUUUGACAAAUGUGAUUUUAGUAUGUUAUCAAAGACUUCAUUUUGCAACAAUCCAGACCUCUUGCGAAGCUACUGCGACCUGAUGAACACAUUUUUUGUGCUUGAUGAAUAUACCGAUGUUACAAGCGUCGAGGAUACCCAAUUACUUUGCGAAGUUUCAAUUGAUGCCAUUUUCAAUCCCGACAGGCCAAGAGCCGAUAGUGAUCCACUCAUUGGUAAAAUUGCACGCCAAUUCUGGCAGGGUGCAAUGGUUCACGCUUCACACACUACUCGAGAACGUUUUAUGCUCUCCUGGAAGUCCUAUGUCGAUUCAAUCAUUAUUCAAGCUUCUCGACGCAACAAUUCCCGUUAUAUCUGCACUUUCGACGAGUAUAUGGCCGCCAGACGCGAUAACAUUGGUUCCUACCCUUGCUUCGCAUUUUUGGAGAUGUCUCUCAACCUAGACAUUCCACAUGAGAUCAUGGAGCACCCUACUAUCGUUCAGCUCCAAAAAGACACCACAGAUAUGAUACUUCUUUUCAAUGACAUUGCAUCUUACAAGAAGGAGUUUCUUGCCGAUGACGCAGACUACAACGCUGUCACAGUCGUGAUGCACCACCACAAUGUCAACGUUCAAGAUGCAGUCAAUUGGAUCUGCGAUAUCCACCAAGAGAUAGCAAAUAAUUUUCUGAAGCUCCGCGACGAAGUGAAGAUGAAGGUCAAUUUCCCAGAUUUUGGAGAAGAAAUAAACCAUCAGAUUGAGGCAUACGUUGAUGGACUUGGUAACUGGGUUCGUGGGAAUGAAGAAUGGGUAUUUGACUCAGAAAGAUACUUUGGAAAUAGAGGAUGGAAAAUCAAGGAGACUCGGACAGUCUCCUUGACAGAAUAA